AUGGGGGCCGAUAGCGGGAGAGCAAGCGAUACACAACGACACCCGCAGCAGGUGGGUUCGGCGGGGUUCUCGCCCCAAUCCGCGGCGGCGAUAGCGACCUAUCCGACGGGAGCAGCGGCGGCGGCGGCGGCGGCGACAUCCACGGCCGGGAGCGGGGGGGGAGAAGAGGGCGAGAGCUCUUGUCCUCUCUCUCGAAAUAGUGUCGGCCAGCAGCAGCAGGUGCCAGGGUACUCCGCAGCAGCAACCGCAGCGGCGGUGAUGAUCUUCUCCGGAGAAGAGGUGAUGCUCGACAGCGGGGGGGGCAGCAGCGGCGGUUGCGACUACAUCCCGGCGCCAGCAGUAGCGGCGGCCGCAGCAGCAGCCGCAGCGGAUGUCGGCCUCGCCACGCCAGCACUACCCAGCGGUGGCGGCGGCGGCGGCGGCGGGGCCGGAGGUGAAGUCUACUUCUCCGCGGCCGGGCCGUUGGUAGUGGACGAGCAUUCUUCGGCGGCGGCAGCGGCGGCGGCGGUGGCGGCGUACACCGGCGGGAUGCUGGCGAAGGGGGGAGGCGGCGGGUACGCGGGACCUUCGCACGAGGAGGUGCAGCAGCAACAGCAGCAGCAGCAGCAGACUCUGCCGCUAUCGCCCCCGCUGGCGCCGCUUGAUAAGGACAGGUUCAAAGCCGAGGCGAUGGAGCUGGAGUCGGCGUUUCGCUCUCGGGACUCCGGGGUGCACGGCAGGACCGACGAGGGGGAUGCGUCCGGACGGCAGCUCGCCUCCGCUAGGCGGUUGAGAUCCCUGCUGUCCUCCAACAGGGAGGACCUCAUUCGAGAGGCUCUGGAGCGAGAUUGGGUGCCGCUGCUCAUGGGGUGGCUCGGAGCUGACACGCGUCCGGCGGUGCAGGUGGAACCACCGCUCUGGGCCGUGGCCAACACCUUCUCCUUUAAUACCCCCUUCGCUCCCUCUUCCGUACGCUUUGCCCGCGUGUAUAGGUAG